AUGGAGCUCUCCAGACUGCCGCUAGUCCGGCUGCUCUGCUUACUGGCGGGCUCGUCAACGACAGCCCUGCCAGCCCUGCUUGGGAUGGACAGGGUGAGGCAGCAGGUUGACAGGGCGAACAGGCGUGGCCCGUCCAUUGGGCUCGUCAUGUCGUACGUCGAGGAGGACACGGCGCUCCAGGCCACCGGCUACUUCAGGUCUUGGCGUGUCUACGGGCGGAGGUUUCACAUUGGGAGUGAUAGAGGUGUGAAUGUUAUAUACGCAUUGACAGGACAACGCAGGUUGAAUGCGGUUGUCACUGUACAAACUCUCCUUGAUGUAUUUAGUGUGUCUGGUAUUGUCUAUUAUGGCACAGCAGGAAGCUCUAACGAUUCAAUGUCAUUUGGCGAUGUCAGUGUCCCCAAGUUAGUUGCUUAUACAGGCGCUUGGACAUGGAAGGUACCCUCCUACUGUAAUUAGCUUUUACUAGUCAUUAACCCGUGCAACUGUACGGGCU